CAAGAACUCAAACGCGUUCAUGAGUAGGCGAAUAAAUAAUUGAGCAAUCCCAACCCGUAUUUCAGUCAAGGGAUCAAGCGCAAACUGUAAAAAAAAUCGAAGUCGUUCAUCCUUUCAUUUAGUCGUUGCGGGGAUUAUCUUGAACAUGAGGCUUUCCGCAGAACUAGCAGUGCUUGCUUCGAGCUUGUGGAUCUUGGUUGGAGCCGAGCCGGCUCCUACGGAUCAACAAUGUUCACCAUUUCCAGGCGUCAAGGGCACCGUGACGACCUGCGACAAGCCUCAACAGAUUGCUAUCAUCGGCGCUGGAGCUGCGGGAGCCUCGGCAGCAUACCAUCUCACGCAAUUCGCCAGUGAUGCAAAUAUUCCCAUAAAUAUCACGGUUUUUGAAAAGACCACCCGAAUCGGAGGUCGUACUCUCACUGUUAACGCCUAUGAUGAUCCUGAACAUCCAGUAGAGCUCGGCGCCUCCAUUUUCAUCGAGCUCAAUCAUAUUUUGUACAACGCAGCCAACCACUUCAAACUUCCCCUCAAGACGCCAGGACCUGAAGAGGAUGAGUAUCUUGUCAUCUGGGAUGGCAGUCGCUUCAGAUUUGAGUCCCGGGAUAGCCAAUGGAACUGGUGGAAACUCGUCAAGCUGUUUUGGAAGUAUGGCCAGGCGCCGUACAAAGCCCAACAGCUCAUGAAGGCAACUAUCGCAGAGUUCCUGAAGCUAUAUGAGGAGCCUUAUUUUCCGUUCCGCUCACUGACGACUACGGCAUACGAGCUGGGGCUCACCAAGAUAACGGGACUGACAGGCACGCAAUACCUCGAUCAGAAUAAUAUCGGUUCAUCCUUUUCCGAAGAUGUCAUCCAGGCGGCCACACGUGUCAACUAUGCCUCGAAUCUUGGCCGCAUUCAUGGGCUUGAUGCUAUGGUAUCGAUUGCUCCCGACGGUGCCUCCCAAGUCACCGGAGGCAACUGGCAAAUAUUCGACCACAUGUUGAAGGCAACAAAUGCUUCACUACACCUUAACACAACUGUUACAUCCAUUGAAUUUGACAAGGCCGAUGACGACUCGAGCAUACUGGGUUAUGUUCUCGAAACGAGUAAAGACAGCUCCGGUAGCAUUGCGAGCAGUUCGCAACGCUUCGACAAGGUUGUCAUAGCGACCCCUUAUCAGUUUAGUAACAUCCAUACCGGCGAGGAGGUCCUGCAGCGGCCGAUCGACGAAAUCCCUUACGUCAAACUACAUGUUACGCUUUUCACAUCUCCUCUGCGCCUGAGCCCCGCAUUCUUCAACUUGCCCGCCGAUGCUGAAGCCCCGACUACUGUAUUGACCACACUCGGCGAGGGAGACGAUGCAUCUUCAGGCGCGGGCAAGGCUGGAUUCUUCAGCAUCAGCAAUCAACGAAGUCUCACCAACCCAGCAACGGGCAAGACUGAAUUUAUUUACAAGAUAUUUUCUCCAGAAAAGGUGACAACCGAAUUCAUGUCCUCACUGCUGGGCGUACAGGUUCCAGAAUCAGUCACCGCUCAGAGGACUGAGAGUGAAGCUAAAAGCUGGAAAGGCACUGGUCCUGUGACAUGGUACUACCCUCACGUAUUCUACUCCUACCCGCAAGCACUACCGCGUGUAACAUUCCAGGACCCAAUACUGGGACCUGGCUUGUAUUACACGUCAGGAAUGGAAAGUUUCAUUUCUACAAUGGAAACAAACGCUUUAAUGGGCAAAAAUGUCGCAAGGCUUGUCGUAGACAGUCUUCUUGGGCACAAGGCAGACGUUGGAGAAGACAAGGACCGGGUCGUUAUAGGAGAGCUGUGAGAGUUGGCGAAGCAGCUGGAGAUUGCAUAUGCAAGAUGUUUAGGAACCCAUCGGUCCGUACAACAUAGUGAAAUGACAGGUCAUAUAUAUUUUCCAAAGCGUUUCAUUGGAUUUAUGGAUGUUUUCGGGACAGGUUAUUAGUCUAUCAUAUGGCUGUACAAUGCCUAAUUAAAAAUAUGGCUUCGGCAAUAGCGUA